AUGAAAUGUAUUAUGCUACAACCUAUAAGAGCUGAAUUGGGUGUGAUAAUGGGAAAAAAGGUUUGGCUGGGAAGUGAUUCUAAGUCUAAUCAGAUUUCUCAGAAUCAGCUUAUGGAGGACCUGAUGAAACAAGUCAUUGAUGGAAAAGACACUGAAGUCACAUUUGAUAACUUGCCUUUUUACUUAAAUGAAAGGAUCAAAAUUUUGUUGGCAAGUGCGGGAUAUUUUCAUUUAAGACAACAUGACCUAUCCAACCACACUACCAACCUUUCGCCACUGAGCCGAGCUAUUUUGCUUUCUGAACCUAUCGAGCUUUAUCAUCAUAUGCUUGCCAAAGCUUUAGCCAAUUGCUUUGAAUCAAAGUUGCUGUGUCUAGAUAUUGAUUACUUCUCUUUGAAGAUGCUGCAGGGCAAAGAUGGAUGUUCUACAAAAGAACCACAUUUAAAAAGGUCCAUAUUUGAGGCGACUCGGGAACGUGUAUCUAGUUUAUUUAGUCGUCUGCCACUCCACCCUUCAACAGAUGUGAUUAGAGGUACAAAAGGAAGUAGCAAAAGUUCAACAAAUGUGAUUAGAGCUACAAAAGGAAGUAGCAAAAGCUGCGACUGUUUUGAUGAAAAGCUUUUUCUAGAUUCACUCUACAAGGUCUUGGUUUCUUUAUUAGAAACUGGUUCUGUCAUUUUAUACAUCAAGAAUGUUAAGAAGAUCUUUCUUCGAUCACCAAGGAUGUGCAUUUUGUUCAAAAAGCUAUUCGAUAAACUUUCGGGACCAGUGUUGAUACUCGGUUCUAGGUCAGAUGAUUUAAAAGAUAAUUGUACAGAAAUCAAUGAAAAACUCAGUAUGUUAUUCCCUUACAAUAUUGAGAUUAAACCGCCUCAGGAUAAGGCUCAUCUCAAAAUCUGGACAGAGCAACUAAAAAAGGCCAUGGAAAAGACUUCUUUGGAAGAUAAAACCACCGGCAUUGCUGAAGUGUUUGCAAAAAAUGGCAUCGAUUGUAAUAUCUUGGAUUCAGUUAGCGGUACUGACAUGAUGCUACUUAGUAAACACACCGAAGAGAUUGUGGCAUCUACAAUUUUUUAUCACUUGAAGAAUACUGAAAAUCCAGAGUACCGAAAUGGAAUCCUAACUAUAUCGGCCACGAGUUUGUGCCAUGUAUUGAGCCUUUUUAAGGAGGGUGAAAAUGGUGAAAAGAAUGAAAACAACACUGAAAAAGAGUCAAAAAAGGAUGAUGCCGGAAAAGAUAAACCUAUUUCAAACGGGACAAAGAAAGACAGUGAUAUUAAAGCUAUUUCAAACGGGACACAUAAAGACAAUGAUAUUAAAGUUGUUUCAAACGGGACAAAGAAUAACGGUGAUAACGCGACAAAGAAAGAAAGUGAUAUUAAAGAUACUACAAAACCUAAUGUUCGUCCUGACAACUCCUAUGAGAAGUUAAUAAGACAAGAGCUUAUCCCUGCAAAUGAGAUAAAGGUGAGUUUUUCAGAUAUUGGUGCAUUGGAUGUUGUUAAGGAAUCACUUCAAGAAGCGGUUAUGCUUCCCCUUAGAAGACCAGAUCUAUUCAAAGGCGGUGGGUUAUUGAAGCCAUGUAAAGGUGUAUUGCUUUUUGGACCUCCCGGUACAGGAAAAACAAUGCUUGCAAAGGCAAUUGCAAAUGAAGCUGGAGCAAGUUUCAUCAAUGUCUCUUCGUCUACCAUCACUGCUAAGUGGUUCGGACAAAGUGAAAAGAAUGUUCGAGCUCUGUUUUCAUUAGCGGCAAAGGUUGCCCCGACUAUUAUUUUCAUUGAUGAAGUUGAUAGCUUGCUUGGGAAGCGGACUAUGAAUGAGAAUAGCGUUUUGAGAAGGAUUAAAAAUGAAUUCAUGACCCAUUGGGAUGGACUAUUGUCAAAACCUGAUGAGAAAAUUAUUGUUCUUGCUGCAACCAACAUGCCAUUUGCCCUUGAUGAAGCAGUUAUAAGACGGUUUCAGCGCAGGAUCAUGGUUGGUCUUCCAUCUGCUGAAAACAGAGAAGUGAUCUUGAAAACUCUUGUAGCUAAGGAUAAACUUGAAGAUAUAGACUUCAAAGAGCUUUCAACUAUGACAAAAGGAUAUAGUGGGAGUGAUCUUAAGAACUUGUGCAUGACUGCAGCAUAUCGCCCUCUUAAGGAGCUAAUGCAACAGGAGAAGGCCAAAGAAAUGAAAAAGAAGAAAAAAGAGGCAGAAACUGAAACCUCACAAGUUGCCUCCAAUGCUACGGAAGAAGAUCAAGUGAUUGUCCUCAGGCCUUUAAACAUGGAAGACAUGAGAGAUGCAAAGAAUAAGGUUACUUCAAGCUUUGCUGAAGAAGGAUCAAAUAUGAAAAAGUUAGAGCAGUGGAAUGAUUUGUAUGGAGCUGGAGAAGGCUUAAGGAAGAAAAAGGAGCAGCUCAGUUAUUUCUUUUAG